UGUUUAUAUCCGGUCUUUUCAGUUUCAAACUCAUUCAAAAUUGAAUUACCGUAAAUGUCAAAAUCGUGUUAAUUUUGUUUUUUCUGUCAAUUGUCAACCAACGGGAAAGCGUGCAGGUUGUUCAAAAAAGUGAUAUUAAUUAUUAGUAACGGCUGUUCUUUAAACAAAGUGAUAAGACAAAUUUGUAGUACAUAAAUAUUAACUGAAAAUGGAGCCUAUGACUUUGGGUAGUCCGACUAACUCACCUUCAAACAGCCCAAAUGUUGCAUAUUUGCCGCCUUUCCUUUUGGGUGAAAUAAAUCCUCCUACGACUCCUCGCACAAACAGCCUGUCGCCGACGAAGGGCAGGAGUUUAGCUUUCGGUCCGGGUUCACCAACAAGUCCUAGUCAAACAUCAACUCCGGACCAGAAAGCGUACCGCCAGAACAUAUCUAUGCACCAGCAGGCACUGUACAACCAGCAGAACAUGUACCCCAAUGUUCCCACCACACCUAACAUGUACCCCAGUAUGCCGACAACACCCAACCUGUCCUACACUAGCAAACCAACCGGACCACCCAUUGAAGACCUGUUCGACACCAUCAAGAGUAACGAACCAUCAAUGAACAAGUCUUUAUUUCACGAUAGUUUAUAUGGCAACAAUAAUUCUAUGGCCCAAAAUGGCUAUGGCAAUAUGAAUAAUUCAGUAAAUAAUCAGUCGCUAGCAACACCCUGGCAGGAUGGGUGUCAGGAACAUGAUGAGUACUGGGUCACUGUGUUUGGGUUCCCUCCAAAUGCUGCCAAUACUGUGCUGGCGAGGUUCAGCAACUGUGGUGCUAUUUUAGAUAAACAAUACCCAACUCAAGGCAACUGGGCGCACGUGCGGUACGCGACGAGAGCUGAGAAGGAACGCGCAAUGUCGCUCAGUGGUCGUCAAGUCUUGCCUGGAGUCAUGGUUGGAGUAGUUGAAUGCAAGGAGCCGCCGAGGAUCGGCGUUAGUAGUCCUGGCAUUACUUCGCCAGAGAGGCAACCUGGCGUCCGGUCGCUCUGCCCGACACCUAUCGCGAACGCGCCCGUCCCGCAGCGGUCUAGCGGCCUUAUUUCCAAAGCGUUGGACUACGUGCUGGGUUGGUGACAUUCAAGAAACAACAUGGUGCGCAAAAUCGGGCCAAUCUAUCGGCGAAUCAGGCGAGCUCGCGAACACGUCACUCGCUUGCGAUACCGACACAGAGACUUUUUCACAAUGUUCGAUGAAAUGAACCAAUUACAUUUAGAUAAUCAUCCCGAGUUAUUUGACAUAAAUGAAAUGUAGACUGAAUGUUAUGUUUAAUGAACAGUCAGCGACAGGUGUAGGUAGGUUUUGAUACAUACAGUUUAUAAAUGCGUGUGAUAUAUUUUAGUCUAUUAAAAUUAGUUAUGCCAGUUAUUAUAAUUAAUUCUGUAUCAAUCAAUAGGUUUAGAUCGACAUUCCGUUGCAAUGUUGUCAGUCAGGUAACUUAAGUUUAUUGCAGAACUGUAAUGGUAGACCCUUUAUUUUAUCAGUUUCUUUGCAGUCUAGAAUAUACAUUUUUUAACAUAAGAUUAUAAAAGAUACACAUCAUUAAUUAUGAAUAUGAAUAAAGAAUAGCUUCAUUUACUAAAUAGCUGGUCUAUUUUUGUAACCUACUUAUUUUAUUAUGCCCAGUAAAGUCAAUAAAUUAGGUAUAUCUCUGGUUAUAAUAUAAUGUUCAAUAUAAUUAUAAGUUGCUAAUGUAAGAGUCAUUGCGAACGAUUAUAGCGUUACCCAGCAUCAUGCUAUAUAUGAAAUAAACUGCAUGUCCUUGAUACAAUCAAUAUACAUAAUACUAAUAUUUGCAUUUCUAAUAAAUCAUAUUUUUUUCAAAAAGUAUUUUUAUGAAUUGGAUAUAAUAUGGGCCCUAUUUCAAUACAUGCUUCGAUAUGAAUGGUGCCACAUCGACCGAAGGGAUACCACGCCCUCACAGGCAUGAAACAACGUUGGCGUUGUAUUUUACCGUGUGAGUGAGGUUACGGAUGCUCAGCCUCCUCCUCCCAUCUCCAAUCCCCAAUUAUCAAAUCUCUAACCCCCAAAAGAAAAGGCCGGCAACGCACUCUCAUCUGAUUGUGCGGGUGUCCUAGAGCACGCUGAUAGCUUACUAUCAGGUGAUAAUGCUGUUUGUUUAACUUGUGACGGUGACCACCAGUUGCGCAGUCGAUGCCCAUAUUCUAUCAAAUAGCUCUACGUUACUAAAGGAGGGACACAAAAAGGGUCACCGCCCUGUCAGUUUUAUAAUGUCAAUUGGUUGCAAUACUUGCAGAGUGGGGUGCUAUACAGGGGUAUAUAAAAUUGGGGUUGUGCUACUAAGGCUUCGUUCAUGCAUCACAAUCUUGUAGAAUUUGACUGUAUGUAAAAGAAAUAGGUAUCUUUCACAAAGUCGUUGACUGUGCCCAUUGAAAGAAUUGAAUUCUUGUAAAUCUUUAUUAUGUAAUUAAUUGUGAGAAAAUUACUUGAUUAAGGUGGUUGUUUUAUGUACAAAAAAUAAAAUAACUUUAAUAUUUCUUAA